ACCAUUCCACCCAUCCUCCGCCUUGUCCACAGCUGUUCUGCACCAUGGUCUUAGAAGCAUGUAUGAUCGUCAUCGAUAACUCCGAGUUCAUGCGCAACGGAGACUUCCAACCAACGCGCUUUGGUGCGCAGUCUGAUGCCGUCUCUUCCAUCUUCCAAACGAAGGUGGAUUCCAACCCAGAGAACACGGUUGGUGUCAUGACCAUGGCUGGCAAAGCACCCGAGGUGCUUGUAACACCCACUCAGGAUAUCGGGAAGAUACUUUCUGCACUCCACAACACAAGACUUGGAGGUGAAGCAGAUAUUGCAACGGGCAUUCAAGUUGCUCAGCUAGCCCUGAAGCACCGACCCAACAAAAGCCAACGUCAAAGAAUCGUCGUUUUCGUAGGAUCCCCUGUUAAUGCGGAUGAGAAGUCCCUUGUGAAGCUGGGGAAAAAAUUGAAAAAGAACAAUAUUGCCAUUGACAUUGUUAACUUUGGCGAGGAAGAGGAAAAUCAAACUAAACUGGAGGAGUUCGUGAAGGCGACCGACAGUAGCAACAAUUCCCAUCUUGUAAGCGUACCACCAGGUCCUCACCUUCUGUCCGAUUUUAUUUUCGCGUCGCCAAUGCUGGAAGGUGAUGGGGCUGCUCCUAGAGGUGGAUUCGGGGCUGGCGAUGAUUUUGCAAUGGACCCCAAUAUGGAUCCAGAGCUGGCCGAGGCACUGCGACUGUCGUUGGCUGAAGAGCGGGCUCGGGAAGCGGCUGUCGCGGCUGCAGCUGUCUCUACAGGCGAGCCAGCCAUCACAUCCACCCAACCGAUAACCCCCGCACCUCCAGAGACCAUGGACGAGGACGAGCUGAUGCUGCAACAGGCCUUGGCACUGUCACAGAGCGAGCGUGGGCCGGAAGAUCACGAGGGUGAUGUUCACAUGGGUGAUGAGGCCCCCGCUAGUGCUGCAGAGGGGGAAGAAGACGAAGAGGAAGCUAUUAGGUUAGCGAUUGAAAUGAGUCUGAAAGAGAACAAGGAAAAGGAGGAGCAUGGGCCAACUCGUGAGGAACACAAAUCGUAG